UUGUCGGGUGUCUGUGUGUCGUUGUUGUUUUGUUUUGUUUUGGGGUUUUUUAAUUGUUUUUUUGUCGGUUAGACCAUUCGUAUCGUGACAGUAACAAAGCGAAAAAGGUCCACAAGAGAAGCUCAAGUUUAACAUCCUUUUCAUGCAGUUUUCUAAUAUCUUUUACACAGCAAAAGUGAAUAAUUUACAGCAGUCAGAAAGCCUCUUAAUACCGCCAUGCUUCAAAUUGCAAAUAAGUACAAUGGUCAGCACCCUCACACAUACACACGCACAUACACACAAACGUACGCACGCGCGUACAUCCAUACACAUGAAUGCUGCAAGAAAAGUAGAAAAAUAUGAAAAAUUUAAAUACUUAAGUCAAUCAUUGCUGCUGCUCGAAUUGUAGUCAUUGUUUCGAAACUUUGCCUCAUUCACAUGUGAAUAGCUUCUAUCAGACUGCUUUUUAUUGGCUAUUUUGUUGGCAUUUUUUAGUUGGGUUCCUGGCUUUUGAACACAAUUCCUGCUCUACAGUUAGACAGCUUUUUUUUCUUUCUUUUGGUCUGUUCAGUCUUUUUUAUUCUUACACACACACACAGCUCUAAGCUGAAGUAGUAUUUUAACAAGCUAUCUCACCAAAGCCAGGUAGACCAUCAUCACGGACAGGUUGAGAGACUUCACUAACACCGAGGGCCGACACAUCAGCACAAUGACACACCUGGUGGGGAAACCUUUCUUCACACACCUGUGUCUGGACACACAUCGCUACACACAAGUGAUGUUGUUUUGUAUGUACCUGCAUUUCUUCUCAGCUGUUCUUGCUUCUGAUAAUGUGGCGCUGAGAAAGCCGGCUCGUCACAUCUCUACUUCGGUCAAAUAUUCAUACGGGACGGCGGACAAGGCGGUGGAUGGCAUCACCGAUGGUGACUUUUAUCAGCACUCCUGUACCCACACUGAUGACAAAAUAAACACCUGGUGGAAGGUGGACCUGAUGGGCUUCUACAACAUCACCAGCGUGCAGCUCUUCACGAGGACUGAUGAUUGUUGGUCGAGAUUACAAAACUUCGAAGUGCGUGUAUCUCAGAUUAACCCUACGACCUUUCCGUCAUUGGAAGGACAGCGGUGCGUCUUCUUCAGUCAACAGGUGCCUUCCGCUGGAACUUUGCUCACGUGCUCUCGUCCAAUCACAGGUCGCUUCGUCAGUCUGUACAAGGCUGCUGACGAUGUUCUCACCAUCUGCGAGAUGUUUGUCUUCGGGACGAAGCUCGACUUUUCUGGUACGUACCAACUAGUGCAGGACAACUCCCGCUCAAUUCUUCGCUGUGACGUCACUAACUGCGUCCUCGCGCCAUUGGCUGCGCUGUGAAGUGUACUAGUGACG